GGGUUUGGUUUUUGGUUUUUUUCGCGGAGUCUGCGUGGAAGGAGUUUUGUGGGAUGGCUGGAAAAGGGAGCUGUGUGGGCUGUGCAGGGAGCCUCACCUGCCCGUGAGUCCUAGAAACAGCGCUUCCCCAAACAACCCGGGCGUUUCGGAACCAGAGGUGUAUGUGGGAGGACAAAGGAAAUUAAAGCAUCAAGAAAUUUUGCUUUCUGAUAGCCCAAAGGCCUAACCAUAAAAUGCAAUAUGGCGACAACGUAAAUAAGGGGAGAAAGUGAGGGCUAGUAAAAAGAAAAAAAAACAAAUAAAUAAAAUCCAAGUUCAUAUUGUGGCUAUAGAAACAUUUAUAUUUCCUUGGUGCAGUGAAAGUGAAAAGUGAAUUUGUGGGGCUCUGCACCGAGUGGGUUCUGCAGGCAAGGAAAUGGAAUGGAGCCACCGUGCUUCCUCCCAGAUCUGAAAUAAACAUUCAGCAGUAAAACCUAGAAGAAAAUGAGUCUGACAGACUCAUUCUCCCCUGCGUUUCCUGCCUCCGUGUUUGCCAGGCCUCGGUCGGUGAAGCCAGGCCUUGCCCCCUGUGAAUAAGGUUCGUAGAGAAGGAAAGGCGAGAGGUCUAAGAUGGAAAGAGAAGCGUGGCUCAGCUUCAGAAUGUAUUAAUUAGUGAAGAUUUGGGAAAAUGAUGCAUUGCAAUGUGAAAAAUCAAGCUGUAGGUGUACUGUUACGAUGAAAUGAAUCCUAAAGUGGGAAUAAAUGUGUAGCGUGUAAGUCAGUCUCACAAAGGAGAGAAACCACAGUCUGGCGAGUCAACACACUAUUCUUCAUCUUUGCCAUGAAUAGGAAGCAAAUUCAAGUCAAAAUACCAACGAGCAUAAUAGUUAGUUAGUUAUCCUGGCUCUUCCAGGAGGGAGGAUAUUUCUGUAUAGUACAAGAAUAGAGAAAUCAUACAGUUAAAACAUGCAAAUUACACAUUGCCCCGCAGUGGUGAUAAGUGGUUUGGGACUUAGCAGGGGGGCAAGGAAAGAAUUGCCAUCUUAUGAGGGAGGGCUUUGGUGGUGCUGUGUGAGUGGGGCCACUGGGGCGUUUGGGGGCCAGUUCCUUUGGCAGGGACGAGCCCGUUGUGCUGCAGCCGUGGGAGAUGCCCUGGUGGCUUCCAUGAUGUGUGGCUAUACACCUGGGCUGUCGGCUAGAGGAGCACAGGAGAUUUGGCUCUGGUGGGAUGUGAGCCCACUGCCUGGGUGCAGGCCGAGGGGGAGGCCGAAGAGGUUAUGGGUGUUUUCCGCUGCAGCCUCUGGAGCACAAGAGGCCGAGCGUGGCGUGGUGGUGUGAGCCCAGAAGGAUGCAGGGCAGGACCUCUGUGCUCGUCCUCUCAGCUCCAAGGCCGGCCCACGCUGUGAGCGGGACCGGGGCUCGGUCCCUUGGUUUCCCUGCGGGGGACGGAGUGUUGCCUCCCCGGCAGGGUGAAGUUGGCUUCGGUGCUGUAAUUUUGCAGUGAAAUCCGCGGACCCCUGCAGGACUCCUCUUGGGUUCGGUGGGAUUCGCUCUGUGCUCAAGGGUCCCAGCUUGGCAGUGUGAUUGCUGACUUGGGAUUUUAUUGAGGAUGGGCAAGGUUUUCCCUGGUGUGAUGGUCUUCCACCUCAUGCCAGCCCUCUGGCAGGGCUGUGGGGCUGGGGUGGCAGCCUCCAUCCUGCAGGCCCUCCACAUCCUUUUGGGGAAUGGGGCUGAAAGUAGACAUGGACUAGCUCAGUGCCUCUACUGUCCUGUUCCUGAAAAACCUUGGAAUUGCAGCUCCUUGCACAUCCUCCAUCUGGUCACCCACACUUGUUUUCUCCCUGGGCUUUGGCAGGCCCAUUGUCUCUCAGUUCAGCUGAUUACUUUCUAGCCUGCUCCAUCACAGUUUCUUCGGCUCUCCUGGCUCAACAUCAGGCUCUGCAUUCUUGCUUUUCUCAAGCACCAUGGUUACAAUCAUCACCUUUCUUUUCACUAAGCCUUUGAAGCUUGUACAUCCUUCAGUGAGCUUCUGCUGUGCACAUACAGGUUAUGUAUUAAUUGGCUUGCUUCCUUUCCUUAACUUCAUCAAGGACUGGGCUUUUUUUUUUUUCCCUUACUGCAUUCAGACAGAGAAAAAUUGUCUCCUCUCAUCAGUUUUAUUUUGACUAUUGCCACCACACUGGUCUUUAUAUCUCCCAUCUUGUUACCUAUAUUGAACCCACAUAGACUGGGCCUACCAAUGAAAUGGAGAGAAGGAAAAAUACGAGGAAACAAUGAAGUAAUAGUGGUCAGCUCCAGGGCUGCAGCUUCAGCAAGUGCUUGACCUGUGUGACCAUCAUCUUGAUGGAAAGGGUGUUAGAUGUGGCUGCAAACAGGUUUUGUAGUCAGGAGUCUGAGAGAAGAUGAUGUCGUGGUUCUGUGGACACCCGUCUAUGCAAGAGAGUUGGUGUGGAAGGAAACAAUUCUCAGCUUUGACCAUCUGCUUGUUGAGGAUGGGGUCAUCCUCUUGGUUUGCUGUGUACAGUGUGCUGUGUAAGGAAGCCCUGGCUGUGAGCCACCAGGAGAAUAGUAUUAAGAGUGAUCACCACCAUUGUAAUAUGUAAGAUAAAUUAUGAAGGAGAAUGGCUUAAUUGUUUCAUUUAUCCAAGCAUCCUUGUUGAGAAAUCACGGUGCUUACUUUUGUUACUGCUAAUAUGUAACCUCAUUCUACUCUCAUUGAAGUUCAUAGCAAAGGCCCCCAGUGAUUUUUAUCUUUUUUAAAGAGUCAACUCUAUUAUGAGUAAUUUCAAAAUCAGAUGUACUUUUUUGUUGUUACGACUGUUCAUUUUUGUGCAUGACUCAUCAUGGAUGUUAAGAUAAGGCUUGUAAGGUACUUAAACUUUGUGCUAUGACAAUCCCAACCAUCACUUUGAUUAGAUUCUGAAGAGACAUAUAAAUAUAUGAAUUUUCAGGAAAAAAUAAACAUAUAUACAGCCUUGCUUGCCUAUUCCUUGAUGAGUAAUUAGAAAUUACUCAUUGCCUGAAUUGAUCAACAGUGCAAAUAAAGCAAAAAGCAUCCACAGGAAGCAAAUUUAGAGCUACUCAAUUAAUUUGGUUGCAAGGGGUUUAAGUCAGGAAGGCUUUGGUCUCUACCUUGCUAGAUGAGUCUCUCGGGCUGCAUCUCCGUUGUUGAAACUCAGCAAAGCAAAGGAAUCUGGUGGAGCUUGUCUUUGGGCAUCCAUGGACCUGUCGGGCCAUUGUGGGUGAGCUGCAGUGGCAAGGUUUCAUUCUCCAUCCCCAGGUCAUUUUGUUGUUGGAUUCCCAUGGGUUAGAGACAGGGUUUGUGCAUUGGGACUUUCAGCGCUCUGAGAAGGAUUUUCUAAAAAGCUGAAAACAAAAAAAAAUUCAGAAAAAUUUCCCAUUUUUGCUAGUAUUUAAAACACUUACAACAAUGCAUCAUUCAAAUGAGCCUAUAUAUAUAAUUUUAGAAAUCAGUGUAGGUAUUAGGCACAUUACACUGCAUUGUACAUGCUAUUGCAAACUGUAGUAGUGACAUAGUUCAGACGUAACGGGUUGUUGCACUUGUAGUGCUAACAGUAGAGAUAGAGGUGGAAUGAUAUGAUGUUUUCCAGCAAUUUGGGGCUGCAGAGGACAGCCACGGAACCGAGACUUCCAGGAGAAGGUCAAGUGAAAAUGAAAGGGAAAAACCAGAGGGGAAAUUGAUGCUCCAAGGGUCUGCUGUGGCAUUUUGUUUUGUUUUUUUUCUUUUCCUGAAACAUGUGUUUGUAGCACAAUUGCACAGAGGAUACUCCUGGAAGAGUAUAAAUUGCUUGUGUUUAUUGCUUAUAGCUGCUUUACAGCGCUCCUUGAGUGACAGGAACACCUAUGCAAUCUGGUGUGAUGAAUGAGCCAGGAGCAGAGCAGCUCUGACGUUCCAGGGCAGAGCGCCUGCUGUAGCUUUGAAUUCAGAAGCAAUUAUCAUCUGAUUAAUUUUAUUUAUUUAUUUAAAUGACUGGAGAAUUGCUGUGUUCUAUCAUUAGACUUGCUCCCACUCAAAAAUUAAGCUAGAGCAGUUACUAGACAAAAUCUAGCAACCUGCAAAUUUGACACGUACCAUUUGUUUUGAAUUGGUGCUGUAUUCUCCUUGUUCCUUUGCUGGUAGCUAGAGUCCCAGAAGAGAUUGCAUAUCAGGAACAUUAUUUUAGAUGUCAAGAUCUUGCAGGAAAACGAACUUUGGAAUUUGUUUUAAAAGAGUGAUAAUAAAAAAAUGCAGAGACCAAACUGGAAGGCUUUGUGUGUGGCUUUUUCAUUUCAUUUCAUAGUUGUCAUAGUGCUUUAAACUGAUCUUUGCCGUUGCAAUAAUUCAUUAGCUGGUUUCCUUUGGUAGUUUCCUAAAUCCGUAAGCCCUAGAGCUCCAUGGCACUAUUUGGUUUCAAAAAGCUUUGUUGCCUGGCUGCAGAUUUCUUAAGUUGCUCCACUAAAUCUCCUGGCCCAGUAAUGAGCGUUUUCUACAGAAAUAUUUUUGCCACAUGACCUAGAGGAUGUGUUUUUAAUAGAAUUUGAGAGUUAUGACAGUCAUGUUCCGUAUUUUGCAUUUCCAUACAAACAUAAAAUGUAACCACACGGCUGCUUGGAAAUCGGUUUGAAAAUAAAUAUGGCAAAACUGAGAAAGGUUUUCUUAAGUAAAUAUAAGAGGUGUUUAUCUGAAACGUUAUGGUAAAAUGGUUUCAUGAUAAAGAGUUUUUAAGUGGUUUGACUAUGCAAGGCCCUAUAACUCUGAGGAAAAAACAUCUUUGCUGUGAUUUUAUUUGAUUUGGUUCAUGGGCAACUCAAGGAACUGUAAUUGUGUCAGUGACCUGCUCCAGCUGAAAAGACUGUAGAGCAGUAAGAUUGAUUAACUGCUGGUUGAAAAAAAUCCUAGUUUUCUGUUAUUCUCUUGCUGCAGUCUUAAAUAUUUUAUGGCAACACAGACAAGUUUGUGUGACGAAUGUAUGUUACAAUAUUUCUGACAUUGAAUGCUGGAGCAAAAGUCAUAAAUAUCUCUCCUUUUCAUUUUCUUUAAAUUACAGACGUACAAGUCUCUGUCAUAAUUACAUGUGCCAGUCAGAGAUUUAAAUGCAUUACACUUUAUGCACUUGACUUAUGAAACGAACAUUAGUCUUUGAGGAGGUGGGCCAAACCUGACACUUCCUCGUGUAGCACAGAUACGGUUCGAUUUAUGCAGUCCUCCCUUCCUUCCAAAUGGUUAUUGAUUACAUAAAUAAGUAGGUAAUUUUUCUCUUUCAGAACUUUGCAGAAAACACUAUGAAUGAGCUCCUUGGCUGGUAUGGUUAUGAUAAGGUUGAAUUGAAAGAUGGAGAAGAUAUUGAAUUCAGGAACUACUCGGCAGACGGGGAAAGCCGCCAGCACAUUUCUGUUCUCAAAGAAAAUUCUUUGCCAAAACCAAAAUUACCUGAGGACAGUGUUAUUUCACCGUACAAUAUAAACCCCGGCUACCCAGGGCUUGCCACAGGAAAUGGACUUUCAGACUCACCAGCAGGGUCGAAGGAUCACGGGAAUGUACCUAUUAUUGUCCCAUUAAUUCCACCACCUUUCAUAAAGCCACCAGCAGAAGAUGAUGUGUCAAAUGUACAAAUAAUGUGUGCCUGGUGCCAGAAAGUUGGAAUCAAGCGCUAUUCCCUGAGUAUGGGAAGUGAAGUGAAAUGCUUCUGCAGCGAGAAGUGCUUUGCAGCUUGCCGAAGAGCAUAUUUCAAGAGAAACAAGGCUAGAGAUGAAGAUGGACAUGCUGAAAAUUUUCCCCAGCAGCACUAUGCUAAGGAAACUCCAAGACUUGCCUUCAAGAAUAACUGCGAACUACUUGUAUGUGACUGGUGUAAGCACAUAAGACACACAAAAGAGUAUCUGGAUUUUGGGGACGGGGAAAGAAGGCUUCAGUUCUGCAGUGCAAAAUGUCUCAAUCAGUACAAAAUGGACAUUUUCUACAAAGAGACACAGGCCAAUCUUCCAGCUGGACUGUGCAGUACAUUACAUCCUCCAGUCGAAAAUAAAGCAGAAGGCACUGGGGUGCAGCUGCUGACUCCAGAUUCUUGGAAUAUACCGCUAGCAGAUGCUCGGAGAAAAGCCCCAUCCCCAGCGUCUGCAGCUGGCCAAAUUCAAGGUCCUGGACCAUCAGCGUCUACCACUGCCUCUCCGUCUGACACUGCCAACUGCUCUGUCACUAAAAUCCCCACACCAGUUCCCAAACCUAUUCCCAUCAGUGAGAAUCCAAAUAUUCCACCAGUUUCUGUCCAGCCACCUGCUAGCAUUGUGCCUCCAAUUGGUGUCCCACCUCGCAGUCCUCCCAUGGUGAUGACGAACCGUGGGCCAGUUCCUCUGCCCAUAUUCAUGGAACAGCAAAUUAUGCAGCAAAUCCGUCCACCAUUUAUUCGUGGGCCGCCUCACCAUGCCUCAAAUCCUAACAGCCCUCUGUCAAAUCCAAUGAUUCCUGGAAUCGGUCCCCCACCAGGUGGUCCCAGAAAUAUGGGUCCCACCUCUAGCCCCAUGCACAGGCCAAUGCUUUCCCCUCAUAUCCAUCCCCCGACAACACCUACCAUGCCUGGGAAUCCUCCAGGCUUGUUGCCACCUCCCCCUCCAGGAGCUCCUUUGCCCAGUCUUCCCUUUCCCCCUGUCAGCAUGAUGCCAAAUGGUCCUAUGCCUAUGCCACAGAUGAUGAACUUUGGAUUGCCAUCCCUUGCCCCGCUGGUGCCACCUCCAACUCUACUAGUGCCAUACCCUGUCAUUGUCCCUUUGCCUGUUCCCAUCCCCAUUCCCAUCCCCAUCCCUCACAUCAACGACUCCAAACCCCCCAACGGCUUCUCCAGCAACGGUGAAAGCUUCAUUCCGAGUACCUCCAGCGAGACGCCUGGGGCAAAGCCAAACAAUAGCUCUUCAUCCCCUCGAGAGUCAAAGCAAGGAUCAUCUAAAUCCUCUGACUCGUCACCGAGCUGCUCAGGCCAGUCCCUAAAUCAAGCUCAAGUGCUUCAGGAGCACAGUAAAAAUGAAGUUGUUGACUUGACUGUCAGACCUAGUAGUCCAGUGAACAGUAAAUUUGGUUUCCCCAGCGUGCUACAGGGUCCACAGGACGGUGUGAUAGACCUAACGGUAGGCCACCGGUCUAGGCUGCACAAUGUUAUCCACAGGGCUUUACAUGCCCAGGUGAAAGUUGAACGUGAACCUAACAGUGUUGUAAAUUUGGCUUUUGGUAGCUCAGACAAAAGGAACUGCGGUGACUGCAGGGACAACUGCAGCCCAGUUGACUCAAAAACAUUACCGUGCAGUGACGGAGCUCACUGCUGUCCUGUCUCCUUGCCCUCUGGCACGCCGGGACUGGAAGCUGGUGCAGCGGUGUGCAACGUCAUUGUGAAUGGCACGAAGAGCACGGAGGGUUCCAAGAACCCAGAGCCGCCCCAGGAGCCGAAAAAGCCCCAGCCCCCGGAGGAGCUGGCGGUGAGCGAGCUGGAGUCUGUUAAGGAGAACAACUGCGCAUCAAACUGCCACCUCGAGGGAGAUGCGGGCAAGAAGACCGGGGAGGAGCCCCUUGCUGGGGGAGACAAACAGGACCCGAACCUUAACAAUCCAGCAGAUGAGGACCAUGCGUAUGCUUUGCGGAUGCUGCCCAAGACAGGUUGCGUGAUCCAGCCUGUGCCAAAACCAGCAGAAAAGACUGCUAUCGCGCCGUGCAUUAUCUCAACGCCAAUACUCAGCACAGGGCCAGAGGAUCUGGAGCCACCGUUGAAAAGGAGGUGUCUCCGAAUUCGAAAUCAGAAUAAGUAAAGGAACGCUCGCCGACAGGGUACCUUGCAUGGAGAAAGGGAGCAGAGCAAACCACGUCACUCCACCGAAUGACACCAGCUGGUCCGCUCACCACCCCCUCUGGCUGAAAGUCCAGCAAAGAAAGCAGCUUCCUGUCAUGAAGCCCCUCCGAGGAAGCCUCGGUCCCACGGGUGCCUUUGACCCAGAAGACAGCACAUCAUGGACCCACACAGUGUGCUCAGCAUUCCUGCGACCACCCCUCUUCUCCUCCAAGGAACGCUUUUUUUCCUCUUGGUUUCUUGCUGGGGGGGAUUUUUCACCCUGGUUUCAAAAACCACACGGACCAACAUAGGUACUUUUCCCUCUCUGACUUCAAAGUUCAGAUAUUUGAGACUGGACAAUAAUACGGAUUUUUUUUUUUUUUUAAUUUUUUUUUUUUCCUUCGAAAAACUGCUGUGGUUUUGCUGCUACACUAAGAAUCGUGAUUUGCAUUGUAUGGUUUUGGACCUAUUCAAGUUUUGAUGGGGGAAAGGGGUAAUACUGGAGUAGCAACGCUUCAGAGUCAUCUCUGUCCUACCCAUGAUGCACUUUUAAAUGAAGAGUUAGAAUAUUUUAUUGGCUAAUAUACUUUCCUUGUUAUUUUUACAAAGGCCACCUUUAUCCUUUCUAAUGCCAUAUUUUCAGUGUUACACUUUUAUGGCUUUUAAUUUUUGAUUUGACAGAUGUAAGAAGCAGCAUGAAUAGUUUAUACUGUGGUUUUUCAGAGACUGAAUGCCAAGAGAACUCAGUAAAUGUUUAUUCUUCUCAGCUUUCUCUUUAAAUUCCCCUAAAUAGCGCCCCAUUUGGGAACAGAGCAAGAGUGUUGAACUAAAGACCAAAAUUCCCUCAAGGUGUAAAAUAAUCUGAGGGGAAUAUUUGCUGGGCGUCACGAAAGACUUGGAUGAAAUUUCAACCCUGAUGGUUUUCAGUGAUCCAGGAAGGCAGUGAGACAAUCUCUCCAUAUGCAUAGCCCUUUCAUGAUAAUUAGAAUGGUAUGGACAAACCAAUGAAAACAAGGGUAAAGUGAGAAAGAUCCCCCAUGAUUCUGUUUCACUGUUUGCUUUCUCCUGUCAUGGUUAAGAGAAAUGUGCAAUUCGAUCCUCAAUCAGUGGGUGGAGGAUAACAGGGUAGAAUUUACUUGUGUGCACUUGUACAGUUGUAGCCAAGAGUCCAAAAGUACACUAGAGCAUGUUAUACUGGCACUGAAUUGGUAAGAGAGUCGUGGAGUAUCCCAUUCUGACAAAUACAAAAAAGAAAAAAAAAAAGAAAAAAAAAAAAAAAACAAAAAACCCCCACAAAAACCCCACCAAAAAAAUAUCAAAAACAAAGAAAAAAAAACUUAAAAAAAAAAAUCAGAUCACCUUGUGAUUCAGUGUAACUGUUUACUAACUCGAAUAAAGCAAUUGUUCACUCUCGAGUGUUCAGAGUACACCUUUUCUAUAAGGCUGCUGCGGGGGAGUGAGGAGCAGUUUGCAGGAGCGGUGUCUCUGACCGUCUCAGUGGUGUUGGGAGCAGGGUAGUAGCAGAGUCAGUUGAACCAGAGCCUUGUAGUGAUGGUGCACUAUGAGCACUAUGUAUAUACUGUAUUUCUAUAUUUUCCUUUGUACAGAUUCACUUAAGUCAAGCUACUGUUUUACAGGUGCUCCUUAUUUAUUAGAGCUGUGAAAGCUUGGAAAACACACCGGGCGAGUAAGCUCGCUUUUUAAAAAAAAAAACAAAAACCCAACAAAAAAACAAAAAAGAGAGAGAAAUCCAACAACUCCUGAGUCUAGGGAGAGAGCUCAAAGAGAUAACGAUGAAACAUCUUCAAGAGAGCAAGAAUCUGCAGCACCCUCAGUGUGCUCUGCUUUCCUUUUGGGCUUGCAACGCUUUUCUCUCUCCCUGACUGGUGUCAGAUUUAUUAAAACAAAAUAAAUCUCCAAGAAAAAAAAAA